UACAAAGCCUGGAAAAUAACAUACAGGUUUCAGAGAAUCUAGUCUUUUUUUCUGAAACUUGAUCAAUGACAUAAAGUAAAGGACAAUAAUUCAGAUUUCAGUGAAUCUUUACAGUGUAGUUGGAGCAGAAAAUCUGGGGAGGAAUCUCAACAUAUAAUUGUUAUAAAUAUUCUUAAAUUACCAUGGCAUAAGCACUGACUGAGUGUUUUUACCAGAGCCUUCCUUGUGAAUUUUCUACUCUUUGAUUUCUCAGAAAUUCUUGCCAACAAGGAACACCAAUGGCUUCUAAGCUUGCCAAAGAAGAAGAAGGCAGCUCCAAAAGUAAAAAAAGGCUCGAAGAUUGGAAAUUUCCUAAGAUCCCCGUCAAUCAAGUUUACAAGAAAAAAAUGUUUAGGAUUUUCUCAAGCUAUGCUGUUAAAGAAUUUGAAACUACAGUCACACUGAAAAGCAAUGAGAAGAAUGUAUCAGUUAAGUUACUUUCUGAACGCUUCCGUAACGGCUUCAUCAAGAAGAAACAUAUGUAUAUGCAUUUGGGUCUAGUCCAAAUUGCUAUCAAGCCAUUACAGAGAGAUGGCUUAGAAGCUCCAAUAGUUAUAAGCCUUAGAGAUUAUAGGCAACCUGACUUCCAGAGCUCCUUGUUAGCUCUUUUGGAAACAGAUCUAUCUCAGGGUUCUUUCUAUUUUAACUGUUUCCCUAGUUUUUCGGUUUCUUUGAACGAUUCUUCUUCUUUUAAUGCCCUUUUCCUAAAUUUCGUGACUGGAGGAAUCCCUUUGGCAUUGACAUACAGGUUAGUGUGCAAGGUGAUGCCAGAUUUAUGCUCAGGGGCACUGAAGGAUCCAGUAUUGGGUGAGACAGUUUAUUUUCACCCGGCUACUCAAGGCACUACUAAAUGGGAUGAGGUGCAAGUCCCAGAAUGUUGGACUCGUAAAGCAUAGCCAGUCUACCAUUCCUUGCGCACUUAAGAUGAUUUAAAUUUGAUUCAAUUAGCUAGUGUUUCUUGUCUAUUGCAUCAUCUUUGUUGAUUAGUGGUCAAUGGUCUGUGAGUUAAGCAUGGUUUAACCAAACUAUGUACUGUAAGUUUGUAACUCUGUUAGUGUAUAGCAAGAUGUAUGUUCUAUUAUCUUUAUGGUUUAUUCAUCCUUAAUGAAGAUGCAGUUUGGUAGCACCACCA